UUACUGUGUGAUUUAAGCUGAACAUAGAAGACAAAACUUAAUGAGACUACAGGAGAAGAAUAAUCCAAUAAAACUUGUCAGCCAUUGAUUAUGGGCAUCUCUGAUUGCUCAAAUUAUUUGCCCUAGUUUUUUGUUACUUAAAAUAUAGAUUAUUGAUGUUCCUGUUUCUGCUGCUGUUAUCUGCUUCAGCCCCAUUUACCCUUCUUUUGAUUGGCGGUGGGGGCUGUUAAUGUCCUUAUAAUAAUACUAGUAGGUUUUAUGCCUAGUGAGCUUAAAAAACAAAUUAGAUCACCAGCAGAAGAUGUUUGAAAUGGGUGCACAAUGUGUCUGUUGUAAGCAUUUUCUUAACAACUGUUAUACCUUUUAGGCCCUCGUAAAGAAGGAUCCCAUGAGACGCCAAGUAUUGCGAGUUAAAGGUUGCUUUGCUGGAUCAAAAACUGAAAAUUUAUUAGAACAAGGGGAUAUGGUAUUAGCAAUUAAUAAAGAGCCCGUUACAUGCUUUCGUGACAUCGAAGAUGCAUGCCAAUCAUUAGACAGAUCUAAUGACAGCGAUGCACUUUAUACGUCUGUCUUACUAAUAAUAUUCCUUAGCAUACAUCUGUACUAUAAUCCUCCUCUCUGGGAGGUGUUUUCAAGGGAAGGCAGACUCCGCAGCUGCGGACCGGAUGCUUAGAAGCCCCUCCACCCUAUCUGUACAAAUAGAAUCUUUCAUAAGGUGCGCCCUCGAGCAAUUCACGUUCACCUUUCCUUACCCAUUUUUCUCAUAUAUGACCAAAAGAACUUCACUACUAUCAUAUGUCCGGCUUGAGUCAGUUCUUCAUUCACUUAAAUUCUUUUAUGUUAUUUGAUGAAUUCUCAGGGCCAUGAAAUUGAAUUACUUGUGGGAACGGAUUUGAGGGAUGGAAAUGGAACAACUCGUGCAAUAAAUUGGUGUGGUUGUAUUGUCCAAGAUCCUCAUCCAGCAGUACGUGCACUUGGAUUUCUUCCCGAGGAAGGCCAUGGAGUAUAUGUAGCAAGGUGGUGUCACGGAAGUUCAGUACAUCAAUAUGGUCUUUAUGCUCUUCAAUGGAUAGUUGAAGUUAAUGGAAAACCAACUCCCUCUUUGGAUGCUUUUGUUGACGUCACAAAGACGAUAGAGCAUGGAGAGUUUGUCCGGAUACGAACAGUGCACCUGAAUGGGAAGCCCCGAGUACUUACAUUGAAGCAGGAUUUACAGUACUGGCCGACAUGGGAGUUGAGGUUUGAUCUGGAAACUGCUACGUGGAGGUGCAAAACAGUCAAAGCUUUGGACUCUGGUGUUUUGUGAAUCUGCGGAAGAGCACGUUGAAUAUUCACUGGAUUUGAUGCUAGUUAGUCCAACUUGUCGGUUCGCCAUACAACAAUAUAUGCAAAAUCAUUUAAAGCAGUCUAAACAUUUGUAGGCCGAAUGUAGAGCUCAUAGACAAGGGCAAACAAAGGGAGUAAAUGUAUAUAUUUUCAUUGGAAAGGAUACUUCAGAUGAGAUUCGGUAGCAAAAACUUAAUACAAGUUUGCGUCAAGUUUCAUCUACAAUGAAUGGAAAGUAUGAUGCUUUGCAGUUACAACCUGGGAGGAAGAUUCCAAAAUCUCGGGUACAGUGAGUGGAAUUAUUCCUUAAGGACACUCCGUAAAGUCGGGGACUUGACUUUACAUUUUUGUUUCAUCUUAAUUUCUGUAAAAUAAAACACACUUCUUAAAAAAAUCACUUUGAUCUUGUGUUGAAGGUGGUUUUGGUACUUCAUAGUGUUCUUGUCUUGAACUUGAACUGGUGUUGAAGUUCGUGUUACUUGUAUACAAAUUCUUGUACCUGAAUACAAAGAAAAUAACAAGAAGUUGGUUACAUUAGACUUAGACAUAAA